GCACGCAGGACGAGGCAUGCAAAAUCAGACAACUCGCGUAUGUUCUCUUGGCCUGCCACAAUUCAAAUAUCACAGUUGUAACGCUUGUUGACCAGCGCAGCGUCUCCGCGAAUCAAAUUAUUUCCUUCAACCUUGAUAUAUACAGACACACAUGACAGGCGGAUGCCUAUAAAUCAUGUUCUGUUCAUGCAAAAACAGUUGUCAAAAAGGAACUGGUCUAAAGAGAAAAGGGUGUCCUUGUAAAGACAAAGGCGUGAGUUGCAGCGAUGGAUGCAAUUGUGGUACAAACAUAAUUGAAUGUAAGAACAAGGUCAACAAAACUCCACUCGUACCUAACGAAGAGAAAACUAAACCAAAAUUGGUCGGAGAAUUGACAAACUCGCGAGUGAUUGAUGAAAGCGAUGGUGAUGUAUCAGAUGAAGAGACAGCAAAGUCUAAACAAAGUACAUCAUCCUACCUUAAAAAAGACACACAAAGCGUGUACACUAUUGACAGAGGUUAUGCACUGGUGAUUCAUAACAAAAAUUUCCCAAAACUUCGAUACAGAAAAGGUUCUGAGAAAGAUCUUGAAGCAAUCAAGGAUUUCUGUCUGGAAGCUGGUCUAAAAAUUGAUCUGAUAGAGAAUAAAGAAGUCACUGAUAUUCGUGAUCAUUGCCAAAAAAUAACGAAUGCUGAUAAAAAUGAAUUUCGGAACUACGAUGGUUUUGUUUGUUUUAUAAGUAGCCACGGAAACAGUGCUGGAAUCUAUGGUAGUUACGAAAAAAUAAUCAGUAUCGACGAAAUUGUGUCGUACUUUAAAGAGUGUGAUGAACUUGCAGGAAAACCAAAACUGUUUUUUAUCCAAGCAUGUCGCCCAAUUGUCUCCAACCAACAACAAAAGGAAGAUUUGGAAAAAAUCGGAGGCGAUCCGAAUUGGGGUCUAUGUCAAUCGGACGCGUCCGAUAUUAUGAUCGGACAUUCAACUAUCAACGGAGAAUAUUCAUGCAGAGAUAUCAAUGAAGGUUCCUGGUUUAUUCAAGAUCUUAUAAAAACGAUGAGAUUGCAUGCAAAGACCUCGCAUUUGAUGGAAAUCAUGACUCUAGUCAAUAAGGCGGUGGCUGAGAAGUCAAAGCAGAGGAUAAAAACUGAACAAAUGCCAAUUCAGAUCUCUAACCUGAGGAAGUUGAUUCACUUUAAGAUAAAGACAGUAUAGAUGAUGUAAUAUAGAAAAACAAUGCUGAAACAGAGUAAAUCUAUGCAUGCAUAUUUCGAUGCAUGAUUUUGAAACUGAUGACACCUCGCUCUACCUCGCUCUACCUUUCGCACACCUAUUAAACAUCUGACUAAAUAUUAUUAACAGUGAAAUUUAACAGUGGUAGUAGUGAUGGAAAUAAAUAUGAACCUCGCUCACGAUCUUUUGAUUAUCAUUUAACGAUAGCAUUGGUAGCAAAUAACUUCAAAUGUUGUAAAACAACGGCCUAAAAUAGACAAAAGGGUUUGGAGUUUCUAACUUGCCUGCAUGAUU